GAGCUUGAGAUCAUCAGAGUGAAGUAAAGAUUAAAGAAAGAGUAUGAGCAGACAGACACAGAGAUUAUUUUUAUACAAAAGCUGUGAAGCCCACUUAACCAUUCACCAACCCACCCAAAAAACUAACUCAAACCAAAAUUUUCAGCUCAAAUCUUGAAUCUUUAGCUUCAAUCUCACCAAAGAUCCAAACUUUAAUCUUUCUUUAGUGAGAUCUUCAACACAAAAUCUUACCCUUUUCUUGAGUACAACUUUUAUUGCUAAUAAUGAAGAGCUUAAUGACAAACUAUGAGCUCAAAGCCUUUGGGUUUGUGUAGAUUGUCCCAAGAGUAUUUUUGAGAGUUUGUUUUUUAGUUUGCAUAUCUCUGUAGAAUGGCUUGUAGAAUGAGUAUUUAUGGGAGUUUGGAUCCAGAGAGGAAGAUGAGUGGUGGGCUGAGGACUAAACAAGCUGGGAGGGGGUCUUGCAGAGGUAGUUAGAUUAGAGAUUUUUAUCAAGAAAAAAGAACAAGAGAACAAUCGUGUCAGUGAAUGUUCAAGAACUUCAUUUCAAGGUGUUUUUGUAGCAUAUGGUAAAAAGAUUGAAACUUUAAGGUCAUAAGAGAAAUGGGUUAUCUUUUAAAAGAAGCUCUCAAAACUCUCUGUGGAGUUAACCAGUGGUCUUAUGCUGUUUUUUGGAAGAUUGGUUGCCAAAACCCUAAGCUUUUAAUCUGGGAAGAAUGCUAUUAUGGUCCGGUUACAUAUUCUGGUGUACCACUCAUGCCUGGGAUUGAAAUAUCAAAAUGUACUUUUCACGACUGGCAUACUGGUCUUGCUGCUCCUGAAAUGUACAAUUCUCUUGGGUUCCAAGGGGGGGAUAGAGUGCAAUUACUUGUGAACAAGAUGAUGCUAGACAAUCAUGUUAAUAUUGUUGGAGAAGGACUCGUUGGGCGGGCUGCAUUCACCGGAAACUAUCAUUGGAUUCAUUCCCAGAAUUAUAUAAAAGAAUACCAUCCACCAGAGGUACUAAAUGAGAUACAUCAGCAGAUCUCAGCUGGAAUGCAGACUGUUGCAGUAAUUCCUGUUCUUCCUCAUGGUGUUGUUCAGCUUGGCUCGUCAUCAUCUAUAACAGAGAACAUGCAGUUUGUAAAUGACGUCAAGACUCUGAUUCUGCAACUAGGAUAUAUUCCUGGAGUUCUGUUUUCAGACAACUUUGCAACUACAGAACCUGCCUCGGAGCUUGAAGCAGUAGUUCUUAGUAAUUCUGCUUCUACUAAUCCUUCUGGAAAAUCUAAGGCCCUGACUUCUUGCUCUACUGACAACUACAACCAGCAAAAUGACUCUCGAGCUUUGAGUAUAGUUGGUCAAACUCAGGAUAAUCCACUGUCUACUGCUCUAAACUUUAACCACCAACCCUCUGUUAUAUCCAAUGCUGAAGCUCAAAAUAUUGCAGAUAGAAAGCCGGCAAUUGAUCAAAGCAGCCAACUAGAAAAUAGAAUUACAGGAGCUGAAAGCAUCAACUCUGAUCCAAAAUUUUGGUGGAAUGAGAAGGCCCCUUCUUACCUUACGGAAUCUAUGGUAAAUCAGCAACCCUCUCCUGGUCCAUCAGCUACUAUUUCUGGUAGUAGAAACUCGGAAAAAAAGUUGUUGGUAGAUUACGCUGUUGGCUGUGGUAAUGUAUCUGAUGCAUCUCUCUUGAAGUGGACAACAGAAGGCUUGAUUUCAAGUCCUCAUGAAUGUUCGGGCAAUGCCCAACUACAAAAGUUAAGUAACCCGCAUUAUGUUUUGAGUGGUCUGUCAGAGAUAUCAAAUGUGUCAUCUCUUUCAAGUGUGCAUGAAUUUGUGAGAAGGCAAACUGAAAGUGAGUUUCAAAAUGGCUAUCAGUAUACAAACCAGUUGUCUCCACUGAAUAUUGCAAAAGAAUUGGCUCCCAACCACUCAUCCCCUAGUAGUUCUGACACUAGAAAUAAAUUUCAAGACAAAACAUGCUCUCAGUUUGACUUAGACAGGGGUAAAGAGGAAAAGAAAAAUGAUAUGUUUCAUGAUAGUAUUGACCCUUUUCCUCCAGCACACAAUCAUUUCACUCAGUCUAAUGGUGGUUUUGGUUUUAUUCAUGAUACUCAGAAGCAAAAAUCUGGAUAUUAUAGUAUUGGGCAUGCUCAGUUUGAGGAUGCGCAUGUCCAGUCGCAUUCUGGGGAUGACUUGUUUGAUGUUUUUGGUAUGAAUUUUAAAAACCGUCUCCUCGAUGAAAGUUGGAAUAAUCUCUUAAAUGAUGGGACUGGAACAAACUUGCAAUAUCUGGAGAAGAAUAACCAUACACUGUACAAACUUCAAAAUGCAAGUUCUGUAAGGCAAGUACAUAAUGAAGGAACCUCAGAUAGUGAUGCUUUCUGUGUGACAAGCACAGAUCAUCUUCUAGAUGCUGUGGUCUCCAGUGUUCAGCCUGCUACAAAGGAGGCUUCGGAUGAUAGUUUGUCUUGCAAGACUUCAUUGACAAAGGUCAGUAGCGCUUAUGCUCCUACUGCUUCAACUUCCUGUAAGCGAGCGAUUACUUCUAACCUGAUGCAGGAAGCAUGCAUUGAUCUUGCCAAAUCCUUACCAAAAGAAAUGGCACUCAAAUCUUGUUCAUUCAAUUAUGAGCCGUGUAAAGAAGAGUCAGAGAUCUUUUCCCAAAGCAAGUCCUUUUAUGGAUCCCAAAGUAAUUCUUGGAUUGAACAAGGUUCUGAAAUAAAGCAGAGUACUAGUUCAACAGCAAUUACCAAGAAGCCUGAUGUAACCAGCAAAUCAAAUCGCAAAAGAUCUAAACCUGGAGAGAAUCCUAGACCCAGACCAAAAGACCGGCAGAUGAUUCAAGAUCGCGUAAAAGAGUUGAGGGAAAUAGUUCCAAAUAGUGCAAAGUGUAGCAUCGAUGCAUUACUGGAACGGACUAUUAAACAUAUGAUGUUCUUACAAGGUGUUACGAAGCAUGCUGACAAACUAAAACAAACUGGGGAAUCCAAGAUUCUGAACAAGGAAGGUGGAUUACUAUUGAAGGAUAACUUUGAAGGUGGAGCAACGUGGGCAUAUGAAGUUGGUUCACAAUCAAUGGUCUGCCCUAUCAUAGUUGAAGAUUUGAAUACACCGCGCCAAAUGCUUGUAGAGAUGCUCUGUGAAGAACGAGGUUUAUUUUUGGAAAUAGCUGAUAUCGUAAAAGGAUUAGGAUUGACCAUUUUGAAGGGGGUGUUGGAAACUCGUAACAACAAGAUAUGGGCACAAUUUGUCGUAGAGGCUAACAGAGAUGUAACGAGGAUGGAAAUAUUUCUCUCCCUCGUCCGCCUCUUGGGGCAUACAGUCCAAAGCAGCGCAGUGUCAGCCAAUGGUGCAGGUAAUGACAGUGCAGCGCCUCACCAGCCUCUCCAUCCUGGGGUUUCUAUUGCUGCAACUGGUAGGCCAUGUAGUUUUCAGUGAAAUCACCUGAUACAUCAGUUUUAGGUCUGGAUAUGUUGAGAGCAACGGCAGGUUAGCGUUGCCAUGACCAACAUUGAUCUGAAACUGAUCUAUUUAUGGUUAUAAAUUUAGCUGAUAGGCUUGUCAUCUGUAAAGCAGAAGUGGACGUUUGCUUCUCUUGUCUAGUUCUGCUUUCUCUAGUUUAAUAUGCUUCUGUGAUUUGGUAGCCACAGAAUAUUUCGGUUUGUUGCAAAAUUGUUGUAGUUAUGGUGGUUUUGUUGCUUAAACAGAAGAUAAGGAACAUGAGGAAUCAA